AUGGAUACAUCUGAUUUGUCUAUACUUUCAUCAUAUCCCUCUUCUACACAUUCCACUUCUACACUCUUAAGUAAUAUAGGUGACGAUGAUGAUGAUGAACUGAAUGAAAACUCAAUAAGAAGAACUAAUUCAAUGUCGAGCUCCUCUAAAACACCAACAUGUAGUAAUACAACUUAUAGCUAUAACAGUACUCAUAGCUAUGAGGAAAUAGAUGUCGAUAUACUAAACAACAUUGAACAAAACGUCGAUAUACAAAAUAAUAAUACAAAACAUCAUACAUGUGUAGUAAAAGCAUGCCGUGAAUUACAAAGUAUAUUUAUGAGAAAAUUAAAUUUAAUUGUUAAUCUACUUACUAAUCCAAAAAGUAAGCAAGUAGUUAUGACAGAUGAAACCAAUUUAUUGCCAAAUUUUCCAUUAUCGACCACAGAAGAACUUCUACAAUUUGAAAGAGAGAUAAAAACGGAUAAAGAUAUUCGAAAACAAUUUGUAAGUAUUUAUACACUUUUUCAUAAUUUUCCUAUAGAAUUAUCCUAAAGCCGUCUAGGAGAAUUAUAUUCUUUUAGGAUCCCCUUAAGGCCUUUCUCUUAUGAUA